AUGUCGGUGAUUCUCUGCACAGCCGGUUACGACCACACAAUCAGAUUCUGGGAGGCGCUCUCCGGCAUCUGCUCCCGCACGAUCCAGCACCCCGACUCGCAGGUCAACCGCCUUUGCAUCUCGCCUGACAAGCGCUACCUCGCCGCGGCCGGCAACCAGUCCGUCAAGCUCUACGACAUCAAGUCGACCAACCCGAGCCCGCUGCUGACCUUUGAGGGCCACACGGGUAACAUCACCGGCGUCGCCUUCCACUGCGAGGGCAAGUGGAUGGUGACGAGCUCCGAGGACGGCACCGUCAAAAUCUGGGAGACGCGCACCGGCACCAUCCAGCGCAGCUACAGCCACGGCUGCCCCGCCAACGACGUCGUCAUCCACCCCAACCAGGGCGAGAUCAUUAGCUGCGACCGCUCCGGCUACGUCCGCGUCUGGGACCUGGCCGAGAACACCUGCGCUCACGAGCUGACGCCCGAGGCCGACGUGUCCGUGUCGAGCGUCACGGUGGCGAGCGAUGGCACGCUGCUCUGCGCCGCCAACAACAGCGGCAACGUCUUCAUUUGGAAGAUUGAACAGGAAUACAAUGGCACCCGCAUGGUGCCCGUGACGCAAUUUUCAGCACACAAAGAGUACAUUACCCGCAUUCUGCUAUCGCCCGACGUCAAGAAGCUGGCAACCUGCAGCGCGGACCACACGGCCAAGAUCUGGGAGAUCAAGGACAGCUCGUCCAAGCCCGGCGAGCAGCCCAAGUCGUUGCCGCUCGAGGCCACGCUCACAGGGCACCAGCGCUGGGUCUGGGACUGUGCAUUUAGCGCCGACUCUGCGUAUCUUGUCACUGCGUGCUCGGAUCAUUACGCGCGCCUCUGGGAGCUGCACAGCCAGCAGAUUAUCCGGCAAUACAAUGGGCACCACAGAGGCGCCGUGUGCGUUGCGCUGAAUGACUAUUCCGAGACGCGCUAA